CGCGCCGGAAGCGGAAGUGAUGCGUUGGGUAAUCAUGGUUCCGCUGAGAGGCUGCCGAUGCCGCCGUUGCCGGGCGCUUGAUGAGUUGUUACAUUUUAAUGUCAUGAUGCUGCACUGAAUUCCAUUAAACCAUGGGGGAAAAUAGUCCUGAUGGCAGCAUUCACUGCUAUGAAGUGGAGGAAGAUGAACUGACCCAAGAUGAUAAAGUGAUAUGGUUUGUGGACAAAAAUGGUCUGAUUCCUUCAUCAUCUGGGACAAUUUAUGACAGGACAACUGUUCUAAUUGAACAAGACCAUGGGACAUUAGAAGAUGAUGAGGAUGAAGGACAAUGUGGAGAUCACUUGCCUUUUUUACCAGAGGGUCAUGAAGAAGGAUUUCAUUUAAUAGCAGAUCAUGAAGGAAUGUCCCAGGGUUAUGUGCAACAUAUUAUUUCUCCAGAUCAGAUUCAUUUGACUAUAAAUCCUGGUUCAACUCCCAUGCCAAGAAAUAUCGAAGGAGCUACUCUCACUUUGCAAUCUGAAUGCCCAGAAACCAAGCGUAAAGAAGUUAAGAGAUACCAGUGCACCUUUGAGGGCUGUCCUCGCACCUACAGCACUGCUGGGAAUCUGCGCACUCAUCAGAAGACGCAUCGUGGGGAAUACACAUUUGUCUGCAAUCAACAAGGUUGUGGCAAGGCCUUCCUUACCUCCUAUAGUCUCAAAAUCCAUGUCCGAGUGCACACUAAGGAAAAGCCGUUUGAGUGUGAUGUGCAGGGCUGCGAAAAGGCAUUCAAUACACUGUACAGGUUGAAAGCACAUCAGAGGCUUCACACAGGAAAAACGUUCAACUGUGAAAGUGAAGGCUGCAGUAAAUACUUCACAACGCUCAGCGAUUUGAGGAAGCACAUUCGAACACACACAGGAGAAAAGCCAUUUAGGUGUGAUCACGACGGCUGUGGAAAGGCUUUUGCUGCAAGCCACCACCUUAAAACACAUGUUAGGACACAUACUGGAGAGAGACCCUUCUUCUGUCCCAGUAAUGGCUGCGAGAAGACUUUUAGUACUCAGUAUAGUCUCAAGAGUCACAUGAAAGGUCACGAGAAAGGACACUUGUAUAAUGCACUUCCCAAUAACAAUGUAUCUGAGGAUACAAACCACUCACUUUGUCUGAGCGACUUAAACCUCAUAUCCACAGAUUCAGAACUGCGGGAAAACUCUAAUACAACACAUGGACGAGAUCUUAGCACAAUCUCACCAGCAAGCAUUUUUGAAUCCAUGUUCCAGAGCCCAGAUCAUACAGCAAAUCAGGAAGAUUCUCAACAGACAGCUGCCUUGAUUGAAAGUUUUAACAGUGAUGCAGACUCAAUAACUACUGUUCAGCCUUCUGUAGGAGAUUCAGCAUCUUUAUCUCUCCCACUUGUACUGCAGCUUGGCAUCUCCGAGCCUUCUCACCCAGCACUACAAACCUGCACACCCCCUCCAGCUCCCACUUCCAUAGGAACCAGUUCACAGCAAGCUGCAUUUGGAAAUCCUGCGGCUAUUUUACAGACCCCAGAAGUGCCUGUUCCUCACAGCACACAGUUUGCAGCCAGUCACCAAGACUUUGUACCUCACACUCCGAUACCACCACAGCCCAUUGUACAAGGACUUUCAGUGGUUGCUGGAGCCUCUGCUCCAGCAACAUCGAGUGCCACUGAGCCUCUGCCGGGUGUGGUUCAGUCUGUGCCUGUGGGUGCGAACUCUGUUCUGACAAGUAAUCCUACUAUAACAAUUACUCCAUCUCAGAGCACUGCUAUUCUGCAGUCGAGCAUAGUCAUGGGAGAACAGAACUUACAAUGGAUUUUAAAUGGUGCCAAUGGAUCUCCCCAAAAUCAAGAACAAAUGCCACAAGUUCCAAAAGUGGAGAAAGUCUUUUUUACCACCGCAUUACCAGUGGCUGGCAACACAGGAAACUCUGUUCAGCAGAUUGGUCUCAGCGUUCCUGUUAUCAUUAUAAAGCAAGAGGAGGCCUGCCAGUGUCAGUGUGCCUGCAGAGACUCUGCCAAGGAGAAAGCAACUAGUAAGAAGGGAUGUUCCUCGCCUGACCCGAAAACUUUGGAGCAGCCAACUCUUCAGCUGCAGCCUCAGACUUUUCCUUCCUCCUCCUCCUCUUCUUCCUGUGAGCCCACCGGUCAGAUAGCUAACCCUUCAGACUCACAGACUGAAACAUUAAGUGCCAUAGAUGUAUCCGACUUCCUGUCCCUCCAAAGCCCUGAAACCCCAUCCAAUCUGAUUCCAAUUGAAGCACUACUACAGGGGGAGGAAGAAAUUGGUUUGAAUAGCAGUUUCUCCAAGUAAAGAUGCUCCAGAUUCUUCUCGCUUGCACCUGGAGGCUAAAAUCCUCCUCCUUAGAAGCAGACACUGAAGGCUCAAGAGUUUUUUCUUGUUUUGAAGUUUUAUGGCCUACUUCUGCUUCUCGAAUGUCAUUUUAGUCACGUCCCAGGAACAUCCAUCUUUGGGAGUUGAAUCUUUAAAGAAAAAAAAGGAUGGAAAAAAAAAAAAGCUAAGUUAUAUAUGAACUGUUUUGGCUGCACUGUCUGUCACUUUUGCUUGUUGUCAUAUGUGAACAUGGAAGUUAAGGUUACUCGUCUGCAUAAAGAUUAUAAAAAGAAAGGGGGUUUUAGUUUCAGUCAAUCUCCUGUUGCACAUCACUUUUAUGUUUGGGGUUUUUGGUACUGGCAGCGAGUGAGUCUUUUGUUACAACUUCUUGGGUCUAUAAUCUCCUCCUGUCUCCCUCUGUGUCUGAUACUGACCAUGCACUAUAGUAGAGGCCCAGAGAAUGACGUUUCUCUAGCAGAAGAUAGUAUUAUUGUAGUAGGAGUUGUCUGAUCUGGAGCUUUUCUGGAAUGAUACUUUUAAGAUGCUUUUGUUAUUCCUGGGGUACUCGUCCGAUCACCCCGUUAGUGGGAGGAGUUGGCUGUUUAUAUUAUGCUAACACUAAUAACAAACUGAAACCUUUGGGGAGUUCCUAAAGAAGAGCAUGAGGUACUUGUGCUCCUGCUGUGUUCAUUCAUUUGAUUUAUAUCAGGGCAGAGAGUACAUUUCAGGCCCAUUGCUUCCUAAUUUAGAAAUGUGGUCCGAGCCUCUGCCUGUGUAGAACCUGCUCUGUUUGCCUCUUCUUGCAGAAUGCAGUGGGUUUCACAUGUGGUGAUAUUGGAACCUGUUUGUUGUUUUGACCAAUCUGAUCAACAUCUGACUUUCUGUAGAAACAUGAGUCAGGCUUUAAAAACCCACAUCUAAUUCAUCAGGAGCGCAACAACUUUGCAGGUAAAUCUCUUCUUUUGUUGACCAUGAUUCCUUGUCAGCAUAUAGUAAACUAGAAUUCAGUGAGCAUGUUCUGUAACAGUCCAGAAAUACUUCCUCUUUUCUGUUAAACUCUAUAAUCCCUGCCUGAAUCGGCCUCCAACCUGCUGUAGUGUCAGCUCUCUGUGCAUGGGGCUAUUUCUUGACUAAAAUGCAUUACACAACUUAGUAGUUUUUCAUAUCAAGCUGAAACGCUAUAUUCUAACUGACUCAGGGUAAAAAAAAAAACCACAAACUCCCCUUCCACCAAAAAGCCUGUAAUGUUGCAAUAAAUGCAGUUUCAUUUUAAAUGGUUUAUUUAUGCUGCAUUAUUUUAAAAGAUGUAAUUUUAUAGUAUUUUAUCCAUCUGUCUGGCUUUGGCUGUGAGUCUUUUUGUGUUGGAGGAAAGAAUAUGAGAUAGUCUUUAUUCAGUUUACGAUGUUAGGUGUAGUGAUAUGACCAUAAGCCAAAUAAUGCUGAGUAACUGUGUUCAGUAGAUUUAAGGAUACAAACUCCUGGAAGGUGGAGGCCCUUCCCUUCUCUCCCUUCAGUUUUCUUCUUGUUUACUCACAUCUUAUCAAAGCUGUGCUCAGCAUCUGUUCUUGGGGGGGAUCCUGAUAGAGCAGCCAAACCUUCCUUCUUAAAGUACUACAUUGGGGUGUCGGCUUCUAAAACCCUCCGGAGAGCUGUGCAGCUUUACCAACAUCUGCCAUCUUCUUAGGCUAGGACAAUGACUUCAUCUCUCGUUCUGUCCAAUUGCAAACUCACUGCCUAGGUGCAGACAGAAUUGAUGUAAGGACGCAGGCUUCCAGGCAGUCUGGAGAUCUCCCCCAGUUAUACAAUGUGGGAAGAUGGAGGAUGGGGUGAGGAUGAAGGUGUAGGGGCAGUGAAAUGGGUGACUUGUGACUGUGAAGAGCAGUGACCAUACUAGCACAGUACACUCUGUCCUGGCUAGCCUAAUGACAAGGGCUUGUGGGACGGCAAUAGGACUGGAAAUUCCCUGGCUGCUUUUCCUUUCCAGCAAGUGCUGGCUUCUAGUGCAGUUGUGUGGGAUGUACCGCGGGACCGGGGUGCGUAUGGGUUCCUCCUACUGUUGCUGUAGCACUCAGAUUUGCAUCUGUAAAAUAUGAACUGGCAAAGCAUUGCAGUAUUUUCUUCUCUCUGUGACACCACCCCACCCUGCUGAGCAGUACUGCAAAGGGAUUGACCUGGGCUGGCAUCUCACAACCUUCGCUCGGGACACAGGCCGGCCGGCAGCAGUUAGGGGGGCUGUUGAACACACAUGAAAUAGGCUUGAAUCUGUUUAGCUGAGAAUCUUUGCAAGAACUCUUGACAACUGUCCAGUUUCAAAUUCUGCUUUGAAGUUGCAUGGAAGUGGGAGGUGUGGGGUCAGGGCAGCAAUCUGGCAGCAGUGGGGCACUUGCACCUUUGUCUCUGGCUCUGCUUAGGUAUUUGGCAUUUUAAAAAGCAUUUGAGAGAGAGUGAGUGUGUCAGUGAGAGAGAGAGAGAAAGUAAAAGUGUAAAAUCCCAGGUCCUGCUCUGGGCAUGGGAGUUUUGCCAUUGAGUGCAGAAGGACCAGGAUUUGGCCCUAAAUCUGAAACCUUGGGCACCUGACGGACCUGGUAGCCCUUCCUUCAGGGACACUGGGUGUGCAGUAACUCGCUUGUGUGAAUAUGUGCAUCCGACCUGGUGUGGUUCGGGAACGGUCUAUAAUAUUCUCAGUUUAGGUGAGGCUAAGAGAGGCUCCUAAGGACAGCAGAAUAGUUGGGUUUCAUCAGCAUCUUGCCUGUCCCAGCACAAAGACAUGUGUCCCUUAGGCAGUUGCUUUGUUAAUGUUUGCUUUUUUUACUUGUGCUCUAUUUGUCUGAAUGUUAAAUAAUGCUGCAUGUGUCUAAGCACUCCCAGCGCCCUGCCGUGCCCCGCCAGUUCCUGUACUGCCUGAGACGCUACACAGUCAAAAGCCCAACUGAGGGGAUCACCUGCAGACUGGUGGAGGAGCCUGCGAGGGCCUGGCAGGGAAGUGCAGUCUUUGCAGUUACAGCUGACCCAUCAGAGCCCCUGACCCCAGCUGGAGGCUUUUUCCUGGCUCAAUAAAUUCACAGCAGUAUGACAAAAGGAAGGGAAAGUUUCUACCUUUUGAGACCUGCAAAUGCCAGGUGUGACAUCAGACUCCCAGAGUAUGCGCUGUCAGGCCUCUGAGAUUGGUGUGAAUGCCCUGUACAAUGUAUACAAUUGGUGGAUUAUUUUCCGUAUCAGUCUUCACAGCAGAACUGCACUGCUCCAUAUAGCUCUGUGUUUAAGCAUUUGCUGUUUGAUGGCUAAUGGAGGUUUACUUGCUUCCUAUGGCUUCUAGAUGGACACAAAACUUAAGUACAGAACUGAUCUAAAUACCAACAUUGGUAGUUCUGGAAGGCAAGUAAGUAACCCCAGUGAUCUGACGGAACAUGCAGCAGGUAGGAGAACUCACUCUUCAUGCUUGUAGAUGGUAGAGGCUCCUAGGGACAGAAAGUCGGCAUUUGUUCAGGGCUGGUACUGAAUUACAUAGAACAGUGUACAAAUUGGGGACUUCUGUAAUGCUGACUGUGUCCAGAAAGACUAGUUUGCAGAACCUCGUACCAGUAUCUAAAAUGCACUUUAGGUUAUUUUAUCUGUAACCCAAUUGCUGCAAUUUCUUUUGUAUAUACUUUCAGAAAGUUUAUUUUUGCUCUGAUUAAAAGUUAACAGGGGUGUGCGAAGAUGAGCACUUAUCCUGGUGCAAUACGUGUCGCUAAAGAUCAUUGUCCCAUGUGUUUGGUCUAUGUCUGUCUAACUGAAAUUGUGUAGUAACUAGCUCUGUGACCAUUCACCCUACCCUGUCUAUACACACACACAAUUAUGCAUCCUUAGCAAAUGUCCAAUCUAUGCAAAACUUCCACCGAGAGCACAGUGCUUUAGCAGGCCUGUCCUCUCAAGCUUUCUGAUCAGCUGCUGGUCACUUCUGUUAGAAGUAAUAGGUUGUUUUUAUUUGUUGUGUUCAUCUGUAUGUCCCCCCUCAAUCUUAUUUCAGAACGAACAUGAACAGAUGUGACAAACUGUUCCAAGACAGGCAUGUUGCACCUUUUAGAGUUUGUCUUCAUAAUCACUUUCGAUGUCACGUUAUCUGCCUUACUUUGCUGAGGAGAACUCUCCAGCAGAAUCAUCAAAUAUUGGUUUUGCAACUGCAGCAACAUUGUUAACCUGUUUACAGUACUCUGCCAGUUAGAAGUAAGCAUUGGCAAGUGAACUCAUGGCUGGCCUGAGGGUCUGGAACUGCUUGUGGGCGGGGGCCACUGUUAGUUCAUUAAGGUGUAAUUGGCCUCGGAGCUCAUAGGAGAUGGAAAAACUAGUGUCUUAUGGACAAUAUUAUGCAGGUGGCAACUGAAAUGAGAGGCAGCACAGUCCAUUGUAUAGGGCAGUGGACUGGGAGCCAGGUAAUCUAGUCCUGACUCUGCCACCGACUGACUGUGUGACCAUGGGCAAGCCACUUAACCUCUCUGUGCCUCAGUUCCCUCAUCCAUAAAAUGAGGAGAGUGAUGCUCGUUCACCUUUGUAAAUGCUCUGAGGUGUAUGAAUGAAAAGAGCGAAGUGCGGAGUAUUUACCAAUAUGAGCUAGCUGGGCAGAGCAGUUAAUAGUCAAUUGGACUUUGAGGCAAAAAUAACCAUCCCUUGAACACAACACAUUUCUGAUUGCAUUGUUUUUAAUUGUCUUUUUCCUCAAUAUAUUUUGGAAACAAUGUCGAGUUUUUAUAAAUGUUACUGUAGUCAAUACUCAUGGACAGGGCUGAACUUUUAACUUUUUUGCAUCUUGUCUUGAUAUAAAUCAUAUGUCCUAGAAGUUGGAUUCUGUGUCUGCACUGAGAAAUGCAAACUAAACUGGAUAUUUAUGUAGUAGCAUACAUAGUCUAAAUGUGUGUGUUCUUGGAACUAGUUUAAAAAUCCCACACCAUGCUUUUGAUGGUGUGCAAGCUGGCCAAAAUUUGGUUUAUUAUGCAGUGUACACUUUCUCAACUAAAUGCAGUUUCUACUUUUUCUUACAAUACAUUUUUUUCAUAUGAUCUUUUUCAGCAAAAUCAAGGGUGUGUUUGCAGUAUCGUAGCUACAGUAGCUGGCAUUCAGAGGUUUCCUUGCUCUGUAGCUUUGUGUCCUUCCACCUGCUUAUAAAGUGAAGCUAUUCACUUGACCCUUAUUUUGAAGAGAAAAUAAUAGCUGACAUUUUGCUUUAUUUACACAGACUAGCAUCAGUUAGGAGGGCAGGUAGCUGCUGGUUAGUUGGUGAGCAUUUGCUUCAGCUUUGAUUGCUGCAUAAUCUUCAGAUCAGCAAAUCUAGGAAGAGUUUAGGAUGUUUAUUUACUGCUUGUGUUUUACACGUACUGGGAGCCGGGCAAUGGUCUUGGAGAUGAUUUUAAAAAACAAACACAUCAAUUUCUCAAGUGUGUGUGUAUGGUAUUAAAGGAAUUUAUUUAACUAUGAAACAUGGGAACAAAUGUACUUGCAUUGAGCAACAUGAAGAUGUUAGUUACAGGUACAGUACUUCCAAAGGAAGAGCAUCUCCAAAACCCAAAAAAGAGUAAAUAUGAAUUUGUAUUUUUGAAGAAUGUAAAAUGUGAAAUAAUGGUGUUUGCUUAAUUGCUCAUUUUGUAUAAAGUUAAUAUUGUACUUUGAAAUAUCUGCUGAGAAGUGGGAAAUUAACAUUUUUUGGAAUUGAAAGCAAUAUUAAUACUAAUGGAAUCCUAAUUAAAUGCUUAUUUAAA